AUGUCUGGUACUGAUGACCUUACUGAUUAUCUUUAUCUCAUUCUUGCUGAAUUAGCGAAGAAAGUUGAGGAGAACAAAAAUAAUGGAGGAAGAACUGCACUUAAGAUUGCAGACAAAGCUGACAAAAGUUAUGUUGACGAAGAGAUACGUAAAGUUGCAUCUAAAGAAUAUACUUUAUCACAGUCUGUCAUACUUAAGACAAUCAAAGGUCCAGAGAAAGAUAUGUACCCAGGUGAUGGUACAACAGUUAAAGUUAAUGAAAGAGUUUCAUUCCCAUCUGGUAUUGAUACAAAAGAAGUAUAUAUUAAUGGUGAAAACAUCAAUACAACAUUGUUUCCUUUGAAAAAUAAUGAGUUCACUGAACCUUUGACAGUUAAAUCAAUUCGUUCAAGAGAAGACAAACCUGUUAUAAUCAAUAAAAUAGGAGCUGAUAAUGACCAACCAGUUCAAAUCAAGAAAAUAAGAGCUGAUGACAUUAUCUUGAACUAUACUUUAGGUUCAAGUGCUCCACAAGAAGAUCCAAGCACUAGCGUAAAAGAUACUCUUAACAGUUUAGAUAGUAAAUGUACGAACAUUGAAGGUCAUGCCAGAAACUUCGAAGUAUAUGAACUACCAGCAAUGUUAGAUAAGAAAGCAGACAAAACUUAUGUUAAUGAACAGAUCUCAAAGAUCUCUAAUGCAUCUGUAAACAAUGGAAUACCUGAAAGCAUUACAGUUAGCUUUGGUAAUAAUGAUAUGGGUAAAGUUGCAAUAUUUAUAAAUUAUAACAUUGGUCCAUCAGAAAAAGGUCCAAGUUACUAUACAUUGAGUCAUGGUAAAUCUAUUGAACUUGUGUUCCACAAAAAAGAUGGAACAAACUUAACUAUUCAUCCUGGAGAUACGUUUGAGUUUUAUUUGAACGAUGUCACCACAGUAGAUUAUACUUAUAGACCUUCUAACAUGUUUGACAUGAUGUAUCCAAUUGGUUCUAUAUUUACAUCAAUGAGCUCAACAAGCCCGCAAACCCUUUAUGGAGGUGUUUGGCAACCGAUUGUUGAUCAGUUUCUUUACUGUUCUAACUCAUCAAUGGACUUUGGUGGUUCAAAGACUAUCAGAGUUGAAAACCUUCCACCACACUCCCAUAGGUUCAGUGCAACAACAUCUACUAAUGGAGAGCAUUCACAUUCAAUGACAAAAAGAGGUUAUACAAAUCUUGCAGCAGGUUCUGAUAGACAAGGUAUGAAUAGAUAUGAUAUCACAGAUGACCCUAGAGAUGUUAGUACAGGUAUUUUCUGCGGAUCUGCAGGAAACCAUACUCACACAGUAGCUGGAAUCACAGAUGCAACAGGAAAAGGUCAAGACUUCUUACCACCAUUUAUGACUGUAUUCGCUUGGUUCAGAGCUGCUUAA